AUGGCGGAGAAGAAGGAGAACAUUAUCUGGACAAUCCGGAUGGCGGCUCCGGCGGACGGCUCGGCGCGUCCGCAUCCGGCACGGCCGGCCUGGAGCGGCUACCGCGAGCGGCCCGGCCCGCCGCCGCCGCCCGCCUCCGACGUCGUCACUCAGCUGAGCAUCACCGGCGUGUCGCUCGUCUGUAAUCCCGGGGCCUUUUGGCUGCGCCGUGCCGCCUGGUUCCUGGUGAUCGCCGGCCUACUCGUCUGGCUGUGCUUCCAGCUGAAGGAGUGCAUCACUCGCGUGCAGGCCGGCGGGACCACGCGCCAGUGGUCCCGCCAGAUGCUCGACAACAUCCCCGUACCGGCCAUCACCGUCUGCCAUGGCAACGUGUUCAAAAAGAACCGCGUGCUGCGGUACACGAACGAGGGCGUGACAUGGACAGAGUUUCGCCACCGCAGCUUCGCCGCGCUUAACUGGAGCAGCUUCGACGACAUCGGCGAGUUCUACAGCGACGCCGUGUAUAAUUGGAGCGACAUGAUGUUCUGGUGCGAGGUGCAGGGCAGGCUGUGCUCAGAGGUCGGCUCACUCACGCCCGUCGCAACCCUGGCCAACGGCAUGUGCACGACAUUCAAGACCAACGCGACGGUGAAAAAGCGCUCUUCCACGGGGCAGGUGAUUCUCGCCUUCAACGAGACACAGCAGCUCGACAGCUAUGAACACUCUGGAUGGUGGAUUCACAUUCACUCGCACCAGAUUCCCUUUGACGAGAUAUCCAUAUUCACGGGACUCACGAUGUGGCUCAGAGUCGCAGUCAACAAAUGGUACAACAUUCGACUGACGCACAUCAGAAAGUCGCUGCUGCAGUCCACAGGUCAGUGCAACGCAGCUGAACAGGCCGAACUGCGCUACAACGAGUGCAUAGGGUUCUGUCUGAUGACGAGGCUGAACAUGACUGUGAGCUGCCGUGUUCCCUGGUUCGAGAACCACGCGUACCCGCCCGAGGUGCCGCCGUGCCGCUCGCUGGCCGAGCUGGCCAGGAACAGCCCGGCACACCACCACCUGGACGAGGACUCCUUCCUGCAGAUGUCGUCCGGCUGCGAGUGCGUCCAGCCGUGCGCCUCCGAGCGGUACGAGGUCCAGCAGCAGACCGUUUGGCAACUGGAGGACACCGUCGUCUACCAGGACUACCCGUCCAUGAUCGGAAAGAACGCGUCGCGGGUGGACCUGUCGCUGCCGCCGCUGGUGCAGGUUAUCACCGAGCGCGAGGCCUACUCGUUUCAGACGUUCAUCUCGGAGGUGGGCGGCAGCCUGGGCCUGAUGCUCGGAGGUUCGCUGCUCACCCUCGUCGAGAUCAUCGACUGUGUCGUGACCGCCUGCUGCGCCAGACGGGCCAAGCGGUGGUGACCGCCACAGCCCGACAUGGCAAACACCUUUUAGAGCCUAAACUGUCGCACUUGUUGUUGUUAGGGGGGUCGCAUGGACCCAGCUCGUUUUUGUUUUUUUUUUAAUAAUUCGCGCAAAAAGCGACCGAACGCGACGAAAAAUUUAGUAACAUCUGUCCCCUAAAAUAGCGGACAAAUUUUCAAAAUGCGAUAGCUUAAAGGUCAUGUCGAUGCCAUAUUUAUUUACCAAAACUUGCCUGGAAUAUGCACUCGUGCAUCCUCCACUUGCUCACGUGCCUACAUUAGCGCAUCGGCGCCCUCCCGACCAACGCGACAGAGGUCUCCGCGCUCGCACUCCAGCAGAGUGCCUUACCCACGAUCCUCAGCAACGCCGCCUCCCGCAGGCGUCCACCGAAAAGGGCGGCAAAUGAGCGAAGUUUAAAUUGCCAUUCCAGAUAGCAACGCCUGAUUAGAAUAAAAUGUACUUUCUCAUAUUGCCCUGGUAUGUCCCACCUUCCCCUAUUAUUGGAAAUUCUCAUUCGCGGCGCUUUUCUGUGUGUUAUAUUCCGUCACACUGUAAUCCGGCAGACGCCCCUUUUCACGCCACCUGGUGGUAACCUGACUGUGGCGCGCCGACUGGCCGUGGUCUAGUCAAAGUCGCUGUGACAGACUGUUCGAUGUGCCGACCAAUCACAUUGCCUCGAUUUUUACGCCUUGUGUGUUGGUCCCGUUUUCCCUGGCGCUGCGUAAGCUUUCACUGGCAGAUAAAGCUUACGCGUAAGUAAGAGAAAAACACUACAAAUGGACCUCACUUUCAAGGUCGCCUGUAUUCCGCCCUCGUGUACGACUUUUGUGCGCAACGGAAAAUCAUAGUUUUGGUCAGUGGUCUCAUUUGAUAGCCUGAUCAAUUUUGUCUGUGUUGAAAACCUAAAAAUAAAUGCACAUUGCGGUCUAAUAACCUUUUAAAAACAGGCCGCAAUGCGUCCCCCAUAGACCCUAAUACUUACCGGCGGGAGUUUCCGUAAGGAUCUUGGGAGUAUUUCACUGUAAGAAUCUUUGAGUUUCCAUCAAUGAUGCUUACCGAACGCUAGGUCGCAGGUCGAUCGUCCGGAACGCUGCCCCAAGAUUACUUGACUACUCCGCUGCCCAUUAUGUUGACCCUCGCCGGACCUGCAAAUGCAAAUGCAAAUGCCGGAGCGGCAAAUGCUCUGCAGAGGUCGGAAAAGGGAGCAGGAUCGUGGGCCAACGGUCGGUUCGGUGGGAGAGUGGGGAGGUCUGAAGACCAUGCGGUAUGCUGCGCUGGCGGCGGCCAGCCGCACCAGUUCACGGCGUCACCUGCCUGGAUGCGCUUCAUCUAGAGUUUCCUGCGAAGACCGACGUCACUGGUGUUGGUGCACUCAAUAAUAAUUCCGCUACGACUGACUGAUCGCCUGGUCUCCUGGCCGCCCGCGGAGAUGCUUCGCCCGUGCAGCGGAAGGAGUGAUAUUUCCGAUAGUAUCUACCUCAGCGGGCUGCACUGUUCGUCAGAGACUGUGCGCCACGUCAGUCUAGUGUUGACCGCCCUGAUUAAGGCCUCUCACUCAUGGCUAAGGACUGUUUGCCUGUGACACC